UUGGCCAGUGGGACCAAGGCCCUGUUGCGCUCUGGCUAGUGCACGCGGAUAUCUAAUUGUUAUGUAAAUGCGGUACUAUAUAACCAUACUCGGGCUUCACGGCAGUGAACAGCACGUCUCAUUGGGAUUGUGCAUAAGGCUCACAACACGCGCGCUCUCGCACAAUAAAACACUUGCGAGGCGAAGGAACCGGUUCGGUGGUGACCGAACCCAGUUUUGUCAUGGCCCCCGCGGCUCGCCACGGUAAAAACGGUUUCAGUCCGGAAGAGGAUGAAUACGUCGGCAUCGAAGGUGACAGAAAGACGCGAAAGCCUCUGGUGGAAAAGAAAAGGCGUGCGCGCAUCAACGAAAGCUUACAAGAGCUCCGGAACCUUCUCGCGGAUGCCGAAAUGCAGGCAAAGAUGGAGAAUGCAGAAGUACUUGAACUAACGGUGAAACGCGUUGAGAACAUUCUGCGUAAUCGCUCCCAAGAAGCUGACACUAUGAGUCGCGAGGCCAGUGAGAGGUUCGCCGCCGGCUACAUCCAGUGCAUGCACGAAGUGCAUACGUUUGUGUCGACGUGUCCGGGAAUCGAUGCCGUGGUAGCGGCAGAACUGCUUAACCACCUGUUGGAAUGCAUGCCGUUAAACGAGGAUCAUCUUCAGGACAUGUUCCUGGAUCUUAUGUCCGACCCAGCGUCUUGUAAUGGAGCGUGCCCAGUAGGAGAGGUGCUGAGCCCCGUUCUGAGCUCACCUGGAGGUCAAAGUGUGCCCAGCCUACCCGCUGCCUUCUCCCCGACCUCCUCCACGACCUCCACUGAAGAUUUCUGUUCUUCCUCCGAUUUAGAGGAAACCGACAGCGAAUCGAGUGCCCCAGCUGAGGAGGGACGGAACACAGCCAUGAUUACCUACUCCAGAACCAUGUGGAGGCCUUGGUAGAAGGCGCCAGAAGGCACAUAAUAUUUUACACAAAACAAACCUUUAAGCACAAAAAAAAGUUAUCAGCAACGGACACACUUAACAGGAAUUCUGUUACUCAUUCGGAUUUCUACAACUAGAGACACCACACCUGGAUAUCCCUGGAGGCCACGACCUUAACCCUCGAAUUUAUGAGUUCAUAAUUUUCUCUAGAAAAUGGGGAUUUCUUCUAAAUUGAAUACACAAGCUCUUUCACACACCGAAUUAAUUCGGACAAUAAUUUAAAAAACCCAUCUUUUAGCCACUUAGAUAUAACUAUAGCUUGUCUGGACAUGACCAUUUGAGUCAUUUUGUCCUAGUAAAGGAUUCUUGUAUUGCCAUUCCCAGCUCGACACCUGUGGACUAUGUAGCUUAGUCUUUUAUCUACCAAUGAGGCAAUAAUACCUAUAAGUAGUUGGAAAAUGUUUUUAUAGAAAAGAUUUGGUUUUAUAUAGUUUUCGUAUGUUGUGUUUCAUAGAUAGCUUAGAUAUCUUAAUAAUAAUAAUAAUAAUGAUGAUGAUGAUGAUGGCCUUUACUAUCUCCGUGUCUUUUUGUUAAAAUAUUUAUGGUAUUAAAAGGAGCAUGUUAGCAGGCCUGAAAAAACAUUUUUCAGUGUUUGCUGAGAGAUGGUUGUCUUGGUAAAAACUUAAAGGGUCAAAUUAACUCUUACACAUCUAAUUCGAUUCGAUUAUAUUCAGUUUAGCAUGGAGAAUGUACUGUACAUUACUGAGACCAAUAAGCAUCAAUGAAGAUGGGAGAUCAAGAGAGAUAAAGCCACUUCAUUGUCCGGAUACAGGUUACAGUUAUAUUUUCGUAUCAAUUCGCUUAUAUCCAUUCAUAUCCAUUUGCUCCUCUAUGCUUAUAAUUACUUGCGGAAUAUGCUCUUGCUCAGAAAUGAAUUGACUAACCAAUGUUUACCAAGAGUGGAAAGUGUAGGCUAUAAUUAUAUUUGGUAGCCACACAAUAAGGUAUCAGUUAUUACUGCAUCAUUUAUUCAUUAUGAAUUAGUUAUUCAUUAUUAUUGAACUUAUACAUGUAGCUGAGAGCUGUCAACAUUCCUUCACAAUAUCUCAUUUGGCCACAGGUGUGUAAAAGUAAACUUUCUGAGUUACAUUUUGUAUCACUCAGCUGCUUUCACUUAUGAAAGGCUAUACGAUUAGAACAAAAUUUUCUGAACCUGAAUUAAACAUCAGUUCACCCACAACAACAGAAGAGAAGUCUCACAGGUUGUCCGAAACAUUAACAUUCGUUUUUGUGUGUGGUGUUAAACUUGACAACAUCAAAGGGAAGGGGUGUGUGGUUGUGGCCUUUGUUGUCCAAACAACUGUAUGGGUUCCUUUCAGGAUGGAAUUAAGAACGGAUUAAACUAUAAACAGCAAUCACACAGGAUUUCCCAUUUGCAUUUGUAAAUUCCCUAAUGAUAGAUCUUUUUAGCAAUGAGGUAGAUUCGUUUUGUUGUGAAUGCAAUGGGGGGAUUUUCUACAUUAUUUUAAAAAGGUAAUUAUUAAUGUAUGUAACUAUUGUGAUCUAUCUUUAAAAGUUAUGAGGAUUCAGAAGACAUCUAAACACAAUAAGCCUAUUUAAAUUGUUUUAUUUAACAGC